AUGUCUCUCUCCAUCUUUGUCAUCGGAGGCCACGGCAAGGUGGCGCUCUCCUUUACCCGCCAAGCAGCAGCGCGCGGUCACAGGAUCAUCAGCAUGAUCCGCCAGCCGGAGCACGCCUCGGACCUGCCCGCGGGCACAACGGCCGAUGCGGUACAGCCCGUCGUCGCCUCGCUCGAGAGCGCCUCGGUCGACGACCUCGCCCACCUCUUCCAAACCCACCAGCCGGACAUCAUCCUCUUUGCCGCAGGUGCCGGCGGCAAAGGCGGCGCGGACAGGACGACGGCCGUAGACCACCACGGCGCCGUAAAGACGUUUGACGCCAUCCAGCAGUCCGGCAUCGCCAACGCCAACCCGCGCUUCCGUCGCUUCCUCCUCGUCUCGGCCGUCGACGUGCGCGACAAGAACAAACCGCCCCCCGCCUGGUACUCGGACGAAGACAUCGCCAUCUCAAAUCGAAUGAGGAGCGUCAUCGGGCCCUAUAUGGACGCAAAGUACGAGGCAGACAAGGACCUCUCCCGCCGCACCGGAUUCCCCUGGACCGUGCUCCGUCCCGGUGGACUCUCCGACGACCCGGGUACCGGCAAGGUCGCCCUCGCACAGCACCAGACUCUCGUCAACAAGAUCCCUCGCGACGACGUCGCCGCCGUGCUGCUCGAGCUCGCCGAGCUGCCCAGGGGCCAGGGCGAUUCGCUCAUGCUCGACCUCCUCUCGGGCAACAACGACGUCGCCACCGCCGUCAAGCAGGCCAUCGAGCGCGGCAGGUCCGACUUUGAGGGCUGA